AGACAAACCUGGUAUGCCCAAUGGUUUAUUAAAUCGGUUUUUAUUGAAAAUUACGUACUAGUAUAAAAAUAGAUUAAUUCAUUAAAAAUUCAUCAACCUACGCCUCUGGUAAGGGGCGAUUAUUUAUUUUGUUUUAGCACGUUGGCACCACUGAAGUAGUACGAUUAGCAACACUAGUGUCAAUUGUUUCCGAUUUGUUAUAAAUCUGUCAGAGAAACAUAAAAUUACCGUAAUUUAUUUGCAAAAACACCUUUACCCAAUCCUCAUCAAUUAUUAACCAUCUAGUCCGUAAUCCACGUCGCUGGCCUUGGUAACAUAUUCGAUAAAGACACGUAAGUCUAGGGCAUGUUGACAUAGGGUGACGUUCAAUUUCGUGAAAACUAUUACUGCGCUUCUUGUUAGAAACGUAACUUGCAGUGAUGGCAUCUAGCACUACAGAAAAGCCUCGAGAAACAGUCGGCGAUGGUGGCGAUGAAUCUGAAAAAAAGGAAGAGAAAAAUGAUUCAAUGUUUGAGUGCAACAUUUGCCUGGACACUGCCAAAGAUGCGGUUGUCAGUCUCUGCGGCCACUUGUUCUGUUGGCCGUGCCUCCAUCAGUGGUUAGAGACCAGACCGAAUCGCCAGGUGUGUCCGGUGUGUAAGUCGGCUAUCAGCAAAGAAAAAGUGGUACCACUGUACGGCAGAGGCAGUAAGAAAACGGGCGACCCUCGUGAAACUGUCCCGCCUAGACCGGCCGGACAAAGAACCGAACCAGAACCCGGGUCCAGCUUCCCCGGAUUCGGCUACGGCGACAACGGUUUCCACAUGUCGUUCGGCAUAGGGGCGUUCCCAUUCGGUUUCUUCGCCUCGUCGCUCAACUUCGGAGACGCUCGUCCGAGCGCGGCACCGCCCGGCACCCAGCAGCACAGCGAGGAACGUCUACUAUCCAGCAUCUUCCUCUGGAUGGCGAUCUCGUUCAUUUUCUGGCUGCUGAUUGCAUAGUCUUCAGCGGCGAGUCGCGCGCAAGCACCGCGUCCCGUUCGACACGUCGAUCAGCGGGUUGGUCCAUUGUUUUAUGUCCUGAUAUGACGGUGUUUUGUGUAUGUAUAAUGUUAAGAAAUGUUGUUACUGGGAUAAGUGUAAUACUGUAAUAUAAAUGUAAAGUAGUAGACUGACGAUUGUGCGCGCAAGAGGCUGUGUGUUUUAGGCUUUAAACAUUUUGUAAAUAGACGCCCGUCUCUCGGCCCACGUAGUCUUGCUGAGAAAAUUUGUAGGUUACGGACAAUCAUCUUGAAAUGGGGUGUACAAAUUAUUUUUCUUUCGGUAAGUAGGAUCUAUGCACUGAAUGAAUGUGCAAAGUUUAUACUCAAUUCACUGUACAAAAUUUACUCGUCUUGUAACCUACAAAAUGGUUUUAUAUUUGUUUCCAGAUUCAUUUGUGGAUUAUCUGGAUACAACACCAAAUCAUUAGAUUUAUUGAAAGUUAUGUUAAUCUAAAUUUUAGUUCCUGGUAAUUAAAUUAUACAAUAAUUUUAUCUAGUUAUAUAUUUUUAUGAAAUUACUCUCUAUUUACCUUAUUUUGUAUAUAGUCAAAUAAAUUGAAUUAAAGAAC